AUGAGUGAAUUAACUGUAACAUAUUCUGAUUUGCAACUUCAACCUUCAUCUCAGCCACAGAGAAGACAAAGGCUUGCAACUUCUGAAAGAAAAAGUUCUUUAUGUUGUAAGCACCAAGAUCUUUGUACUCCAUCUCCAUGGAAAUUCAUUGCAGUGAUUCCGUGGAUCAUUUGCCUGAUGCUUACUUGGUCUGUUGGGACCUUAACCACAACGUUGCAUCAGAAAUCAUGUCAAGGGGAAGGAUAUCCAGGAAAUCUCUCCUCUAACAAGGAAGCAAAUAAAACAUUUCAAAUUCAGAGUUAUCCUACCUGUUCAAACAACUGGCAUCAACAUGGAGAAAAUUGUUACUAUUUUUCAAGGGACAUACAUCCUUGGGAAAAAUGUAACCAUUAUUGCAUUGGUUUAGAGUCAAGCUUUCUUAAAUUGAAUAUGGAAGAAGAGAUGAAUUUUGUAAUGAAAUUGUCAAAGAUGCAAUGUGGUCUAUUUCAAGCAAAGUUUUGGAUCAGUUUAUACUACAACAAUGAGCAACUAAAAUGGGUCUGGCUAGAUGGCACAGAUGUUACCCUGCACAAGCUUCAAAUUCAAGAACUUGAGAAUGCUAACAAUAAAUGUGUACAUAUAAAAUUUGGCCAGGUGAUUGCUGAAGAUUGCCAGAAUAAUGGUUAUUGUAUCUGCAAGAAGAUAAUAUAUUCAGAUUAA